GCGGGCAAGAUGGCGGCCGCGGAGGCGUCCGAGCGCGGAGUCCUCGCGCCCUGACGGGACGUCUCGACCGAGUCGGCGGCGAAGGUCCCAGCUCCUCUCGCGUCGUCUGUGAGCAGUUGUUGAAAAUACGAAUCCUGUCCCUUGGGCACGGGGUGGAGGCCUGGCCCUCUGUCUAAGAGACUCGCUGGGAUUCUGCUGCACGUAGAACUUCUGGGGAAAGUGUCCAGGUGCUCGGCGCUGGGCAGGGUUUCGUUGUGUGCCUUGUCCUAGCAUGGAACGUGGCGUGAAGCCGGAGUCGCCCUUAGCAGUUACAUGUGAUUAAAGCCUGCGCAGCUUGGACAACUCGGAAGGUAUGGAUGAUUCGGGAGACCCGAGCAGUGAGGAGGCCCCCAAGGCCAUCAAGCCCACAAGUAAGGAGUUCAGGAAGACGUGGGGCUUCCGGAGAACCACGAUUGCCAAGCGUGAAGGUGCGGGCGAUGCCGAGGCGGACGCUGCAGAGCCGGCCCCGCAGCCACAGCCGCAGCCGCAGCAUGGCCUGUCCUUGCGGCGCAGUGGCCGGCAGCCGAAGCGCACGGAGCGGGUGGAAGAAUUCCUCACCACGGUGCGGCGCCGGGGCAGGCGGAGUGCCCCGGCCUCCCUGGAGGACUGCACGGAGCCAGCAUCCUGCCCCGUCACCGAUGCCGAGACCGCCUCGGAAGGAAGCGUGGAGAGCGCCUCCGAGAGCAAGGGUGGCUCCACGCCUGGGGCCGGGGCGGCCAAGGAGCGACUCGCGUCUCCUGAGAAAGCCAAAGCGGGUGACGAGGAGGACGACACCUCCGACAGUGACAGCGACGGCCUCACUCUGAAGGAGCUUCAGAACCGCCUGCGGAGGAAGCGCGAGCAGGAGCCGGCCGAGAGGCCCGCGAAGGGGGUCCCCAGUCGCCUGAGGAAGAAGCGUCGGGAGGAGGACCCCACAGAGCCCGUGGAUGUGGAGGCCGGCGCUGCUGCCGAGCAGGUGCUGCCCAGUGCCCAGGAGCCUGAGGCUGGCCGAGGGGCCGUGUCCGAGGUGGUGGAGGAGGGCGUGGAGAGCGAGGCCGAGGGACGUGUGGCACAGGAAGUCGAAGAAGAGCCCAGGAACACGGGGAGACCUAAGCCUGAGUGCGAGAUCUACGACCCCAGCACCCUGUACUGCAUCUGCCGCCAGCCCCACAACAGCAGGUUCAUGAUCUGCUGUGACCGAUGUGAAGAAUGGUUUCACGGCGACUGUGUGGGCAUUUCUGAAAACCGGGGGAGGCUUUUGGAGCGGAAUGGGGAGGACUACAUCUGCCCAAACUGCACGAUCCUGCAAGUGCAGGCUGAGCCUGACGCGGGAGCCGCCGACCAGCAGGACGCGGGAGGGACCCCUGGCAGCGCCGACGGCACAGCUCUGAUGAGCAUGGGAACCGUGGAGCAGCGGUCCAGCGAGGACCAGGGGAUCAAGGGGAGGAUCGAGAAAGCCACGCACCCGAGUGGCAAGAAGAAGCUGAAGAUAUUCCAGCCGGUGGUGGAGGCUCCUGGGGCCGCCAGGUGCAUCGGCCCGGGGUGCUCCAGCGUGGCGCAGCCGGACUCCGUGUACUGCAGCAACAGCUGCAUCCUGAAGCACGCCGCCGCCACCAUGAGGUUCCUCAGCUCAGGUAAAGACCAGAGGCCCAAGCCCAAGGAGAAGAUGAAGGUGAAGGCAGAAAAGCUCCGUCUUCCCACGUGGAGCGUGCAGGCAGGCAUUAAAAUCUCUUCUGUGCACAAGAGACCAGCUCCAGAAAAAAAAGAAAACCCAACAAAGAAGGUGGUGAUGGCUCCUCCUAGGGGCGAAGCCAUGGGGAAGGACGCACCGAGCGAAAGCACGCCGUCCUGGGCGAGCGACCACAAUUACAAUGCAGUAAAGCCGGAAAAGAGUGCUGCGCUCUCGUCGUCACUGUUGUAUAAAUCCGUGAAAGAAGACAGAAGAGUGGAGGAGAGAGUGACGGCGGCGGCAGUCUCCAAGAAGACAGCCCUCCCAGGCUCCUCGGCAGGCAGGCAGACGGCGCCCAGGAGUCUCCUCCCAAAGAAGUCUCCUCUUGGUGGCAUGGCAGCCGCCAGGCCAGUCAUUAAAAAGGCACCCUCUGGCUGCAAGGGCGCCAUCCCCAAGAGGCCGUGGCUCUCGGGCACUCCCUCGGGCGGCGCCUCAGCUGCCAGGCAGGCAGGACCCACAGCUGUCCCUGCGGCGGCCACCUCCAAGAAGGCACUGGGUACUGCUCUGGCGGGAGCCGUCAGGAAGCCGGCAGCAACGUCCGCAUCGGCAGCCUCUCCGGCCGCUGGACGCCUGGGGGCCGUGAGCCCUGCACCGUCCCAGCCGAAUUCGCAAAUACGACAGAACAUAAGGCGCUCCUUGAAGGAGAUUCUGUGGAAGAGGGUGAACGACAGCGAUGACUUGAUUAUGACGGAGAGCGAGGUGGGCAAGAUCGCAUUGCACAUCGAGAAGGAGAUGUUCGGCUUGUUCCAGGUCACAGACAACCGCUACAAGAGCAAGUACCGCAGCAUCAUGUUUAACCUGAAAGACCCCAAAAACCAGGGGCUCUUCCAUCGCGUUCUGCGUGAAGAAAUCUCCUUGGCAAAACUCGUGAGGAUGAAGCCAGAAGAACUGGUAUCCAAAGAGCUUUCCACGUGGAAGGAGAGACCGAGGAGACCCGCGGUGGAGCCCAGAGCCAGGCUGCAUGAUGGGGGCAGGCGGGUAGCUGCCGUCCAGGAGGCCGCCCCCGACAUGGAGGAUUCUCCCCCCGUGUCGGACUCCGAGGAACAGCAAGAGGCCGUCCGAGCUGCCCCUGAGCGGAGCACAGCCCCCGCCCUGGACGUCUUCAGCAGCAUGCUGAAGGACACGACGAGCCAGCACCGUGCGCACCUCUUUGACCUGAACUGUAAGAUUUGCACAGGUCAGGUCGCGUCGUCAGAAGAACCCGCUCCAAAAAAGCAGAAAUUAUCAGGCUCCGCUAAGAAGGACGACCUGAAGUCCGGGGAUGGAAGCGUCCCCCCGGACCCCGCUGCCAGCCUGGCUGACGACGGGAUUCCAGAAGCCCCGCCCGGAGAAGCUGCCGAGCCCGGCCUGGAGGGCACUUGGCAGCCACACCUGGAAAGGAAGCCUCUCCCUGGGCCCCCAGGAGACGGCUGUCCGGAGCCCUCCCCGCUCGAGGGCCUCUGCGCCUGCCCAGCCCCCGCGGGGGGUGGGGUGGUUACCACUGUCACAGUAUCUGGCCGGGACCCCAGGACGGCUCCAAGUGGGUCAGGCGCGGGCAUGGCCUCUGCGGCAGCCCACCUGGACAGUCCCCAUGCGAUGGAGAGCAAAUCCGACGUGCCGAAGCCUGCUGUGGCUUCCGUGACGGUGCCCAAGUCCAUCCUGGCUAAGCCUUCCUCUUCCUCAUCUCCGGACCCACGGUACUUGUCGGUUCCACCGUCUCCAGGUGUCAGUGUCUCCGGCUCUCGGUCCCCCCCGGAAGGAGACACGAGCCUGUUCUUGUCGCGCCUCAGCGCCAUCUGGAAGGGAUUCAUCAACAUGCAGGGUGUGGCCAAGUUCGUCACUAAGGCGUACCCUGUGUCUGGCUCCUUGGAUUAUCUCAGUGAGGACUUGCCCGACACCAUCCACAUCGGCGGGAGGAUCGCGCCAAGGACAGUGUGGGAUUACGUUGGCAAACUCAAGUCUUCCGUGUCCAAGGAGCUCUGCCUGAUCCGCUUCCACCCCGCCACGGAGGAGGAGGAGGUCGCCUAUAUUUCUCUCUACUCCUAUUUUAGCAGCCGUGGCCGCUUCGGUGUGGUCGCCAACAACAACAGGCACGUCAAGGACCUCUACUUGAUUCCGCUGAGUGCCAAGGACCCGGUUCCGUCCAAACUCCUGCCCUUUGAGGGACCAGGUCUUGAGUCUCCGCGUCCGAAUAUCAUCCUCGGGCUUGUGAUCUGUCAAAAGAUAAAACGCCCUUCAAACGCUGCAGAGUUGGACAAGGGGGAGGAGAGGCGGAGCCGACUCCAGGACGAAGCUGACAUCUCAGCAGGCCCCAAGGUCCCCGCGGCUCCUCUGAGCGACAAGAAGCCCUCCAGGUACCCGCUCUGCUCUGCGGACCCGAUGGGCAGCACCACGCCCCCUGCAUCCCCCCCGCCUCCGCCCCCUCUUCCAGAGCCGCCCGUGUCCACAGUGCUGCCGCCCCUCAAGCCUGGCUCCGCUGGCCCCAUCUCGGCGCCUGCUGCGCCACCCGCGGCCCCGGCGGCCGCUCCCCCGGCCGCUGCUUCGGCGUCCAAGACGGCCUCGCCGCUGGAACACAUCCUGCAGGCUCUCUUCGGGAAGAAAAAAUCCUUCGACACCCAGGCCAAGGAGUCUGGGGGGGCUGCCCCGGCUCCCCACCAGGACCCCAAGGCCCCGCUGGACAGUGGGACCCCAGCAGCCCCCCUGCUGGACCCCAUCGUGCAGCAGUUUGGCCAGUUCUCCAAAGAGAAGGCUCCAGUGGAGGAAGAGGAUGACAGGCCCUACGACCCCGAGGAGGAGUACGGCCCCGAGAGAGCCUUCGGCGCGCAGCUCGCCGCCCGGCCGGGGGCUCACCACGACCCGGAGCCGGCUCCCGACGUGGCGGAGAGGGAAGAGGUGGCCUACGACCCUGAGGAUGAGACGAUUCUAGAGGAAGCCAAAGUGACUGUUGACGACCUGCCCAACAGGAUGUGUGCAGGCGCUGGGGCCGAGCCCACAGAGAGGGCCGCGGGCUGCGCCCCUGACGCCCCCACCCCCUCGUUGGUGGAGCAGCAGAAGAUGCUGGAGGAGCUGAACAAGCAGAUCGAGGAGCAGAAGCGGCAGCUGGAGGAGCAGGAGGAGGCCCUGAGGCAGCAGAGGGCGGCCGUGGGCGCGUCCAUGGCCCACUUCUCCGUGUCGGAUGCGCUGAUGUCACCGCCCCCGAAGGCGGCUCUGACCAAGGGCGAGCUGCUGGAGCCCGAGCAGCAGCAGGCUCCAGACAGGUCCGUUGUGCCUGCCGCCCCCGCGGCACAGCAGAGUGUAGACACGCGACAGCGGCGGGACCCGCGGCAGGCCAGGCGGUUGGCCGCGGAGAGCGGCGAGGCUGGGCCUGCCAAGCCCCCAGCAGGCAGCAGCCAGCCCGGCCCUGCAGCCAGGGGACCUCCCGCAGGGACUCCUGGGGUCCAGGGGCCCGCGCAGGCCCAGGAGGAGGAAGAGGCGACACCUCCUCCAUGGGUUCCAGGUGAAAAACCUCCACUGAUGCCCACGCAGGACAGCCUGAGGGGCGAGUACUCAGGAAACCCCGGCCAGCUGCCCAUGGAGGGCGUCCAUCCCGUGGCAGCUGGGGACGGCCUGGCCAGACCUGCCCGCAGGGUGCUGCUGCCCACGCCCCCGAGCACCGCCCUGCAGCCCGGCUUCGCUCUGCAGAGCGACGGGCAGAACUUCUGCUCCCCCGCAGGGCGGGACCCCUUCCCCAGCCCCGCGUUCGCGGCUCAGGAACGGCCUCUCGGCGGGGCCCCCUACGAGAGCCCCAGACACAGCCAGUGUGCCGGCAAGAGCAACGGCCCCGCCGCCGGCGCUGAGAUGGGCAGAGAGCCCCUGGCCCGGGCUGGGGAGGGCCCCGCCCAGUUCCCCCUGCCUGGCCAGAAAGGGGGGGCGCCCCCGCCCCCGUUUCAGGGCCAGCGUGAGCCGGCCCGCCCUUUUGGGAUGUCAGCGCUUCACGGCUCUAACUUCCCAGGACCGCGGGGGCCGGGCCCUUCAUUUCCCGAGGAGAACGUCGUUCCAAGUGACGGGCCCAGGGGGCCUCCGCCUGCCAGGUUCGGGGCCCAGAAGGGGCCCAUCCCUUCCUUAUUCGCGGGUCAGCACGGGCCCCCUCCUUACGGGGAUGCUAGAGGCCCUUCGCCCCCCUUCCUCGGCGGCCCACGAGGAGCAGCGCCGACCCAGUUUGAAGAACGCAAGGACCUCCACGGGGAGCAGCGGGACUUCCAGGACCCCCCGUAUAGCGAGGCGCCCGGCCCGCCCGCCCAGUUUGAAGGACCAGAGCGAGCGCCCUGUGUGGGCAGCAGGGGCCCCGUGCCCUUCCCGUGUGGCGGCCAGAGGCGGCCUCUGCUGUCUCAGCUCAAAGGGCCCCGGGGAGGCCCCCCUCCAUCCCAGUUUGGAGGCCAGAGAGGACCACCCCCUGGCCAUUUUGUGGGUCCACGUGGGCCCCACCCUGGCCAGUUUGAAAAUGCCCGGGGCCCCCAUCCCGGCCAGUUUGAAGGCCCCAGAGGCCAAGCACCGGCCUUCAUGCCGGGCCCCAGGGGGGGUCAGCCACAGCAGUUUGAAGAGCAAAGAGUGAACUCGCCACCCAGGUUUGCGGGUCAGAGGGCACCUGCACCCCUGCCGUUGGCUGGGCCCAGGGGCUCUGCACCCUUUCCUGAGAAGAGUGAGCAGACGCCAGCCCGCUUCCACUUCCAGGGCCAGUCCCCGCAGGUGCUGAAGCCGGGGCCCCGGCCCCUACUCGAGCUCCCCAGCCACCCCCCACAGCACAGGAAGGACCGCUGGGACGAGGCUGGCCCCGGCUCAUCCGGACAGGGCCCCGAGGCCGACGCGCAGUGGGGGUCUCCUGAUUUCCGGGAGGCCAAAGGCCACGAGUACAGAGGCCAGGCUUUUGAGGGGAGGCCGAGAGAACGCUUUGAAGCCGGACCCAAAGACAAACCAGUGGACGAGCCCGAAGCCCAAGUGCCCGAGAGUCGGCAGGGCCGGGGCUUCGAGGACAGGAGGCGGGAGCGAGAGCGCGGCAGGAACUGGAGCCGGGAGCGGGAUUGGGAGAGGAGCCGCGAGUGGGACCGGCACAGGGACAAGGACGCCGGCCGGGAGUGGGACCGAGGCCGGGAGCGGAGCGCCAACAGGGACAGGGAGCGGGGCCGCAGCCGAGACCGGAGCCGGAGCAGGAACCGGGACCGGGAGAGAGACAGAGACAGGAGACGGGACCGGGACCGGGACCGCGAGAAGGCCAGGGACAGGGAGCGGGGCCGCGACCGGGACCGCAGGGACCAGGGCAAGAGCAAGGAGAGCGCGCGGGACCCCAAGGCCGAGGCCGCCUCUGCCCAGGCCUAGGGGCCCGGCCCACCCGGACCAGGGGGGCCUCCUGUGCAGACAGGCCCAGCCCCCACAGGUCCUUUCAAAAGCCAAGGUCAUAAAAUGCAUUGAACAAAUAGUUUGAAAUAGCUGUGAACGUAGACACAGAUAGCAAAUUCUGGACUUCAGAAAUUACUGUAAUUUUGUGUAUAAUGGUUUCUUACAAAAUUUCACCUCUUACAAUUCUGAUACUUUUUUUUAAAGGUAAGAACUCUUUAAUAUUUCCAUUUAAAAUUACAGAAAUGGGAAAGUGUCCACAAAAGCAUAUUGCUUUUUGAGAUUAUAAAGUUAUCUUUUCCAGUAACUUGACUGUUGUGAAUUUUAAGGGACUCCCGGAGGGCCCUGGACCACACCGCUACUGGCUUCUUGCCUGUGGGGGCGUCGGUCAGCACAGGCCCUGGCCGCGCGCAUGCCUGCGUGUGCCGAGCCGUGGCCGGGGUGGCUGGUGCCCGAGACGCGCGUCCAGAACGUUUAGGAACCCGAAACUUACAGAUAUAUCUUUCUUUCACUAUAAAGAAAUCUGAGUUACCAACUUCCAUCCAGAAACCAAAAGGUAAAGUUCGCAGUUUGGCUCAGCUUUAUUUGCCCCCUCAAAGGCGUCCUUUCAAAAGUGUGACUUAAAGCCCCGUCCGUCCUAGUAGAGAAAGCGUUGCAUUUGAAACAAUUUGUUGAAAGAUGUUCUCGUUUUACCAACCUGGUGGAGAAAAUUAACCCACAGGUGUACCUCGAGGGUGGCGUGGGCUUGGAUCGGGAACGCUGUCUCGGGCUUCACCACCAGCAGUGCUUCCUGGCCCCCGGCUCCCAGCUGCUGUGUUUUCCAGGGGAUCAAAUGGAGCGGCCUCGUGUACAGUCAGAGCUGGGGCACGGCCCCUGCUGCCGGCUGAUCCACCUGACUGUACACAUACACUUUGGUAACUUUAUAUUUUCAUAAAAUGACUUUUGCAGAUGUAAGAUGAGAGAAUUGGUUUCUUCCGUGCAGCCUCUUACCCCAUCGGUGUCGCCUCGCAGCUGGGGGUGGUAAAACCACGUGUCCAUCAAACAGGCAGGGUGGCAGGUCCAGCGUCGGAUAGGAUGUGAAGGGUUCGGUUUUUGUUUUUUUUUUUUUUUUACAUAUAAAGCAAAUUUUUCUAAUUUAAAUACACAAAUGUAAAAAUCAAGUGUGUUCCUUUAGGUUUACUUGAUAGAAAUUUCUGUAAAUUGUAUUUUAUAUUGCAGAGUAUUAUAUCACUGUACAUUAAAC